UUUUAAAAUAAAAAGAAGGUAACCUGCCAGUUAUUAGGUAAUAGUUUUCUGUACUGCCAGAUUUGCUUUCCGAAAAAAAUAAAGAGCAAAACAAGUUCUUGACAAACUAGUUAUGUCAGAUUUUACAUAAAAUUUUUAGUAGUUUGAUACUAAAAUAAUUAUUUAACAAAAAUAAAAAGUGCAAAAUUGAAAUGAGUGCUCCAUUUUACAGCUACGACCCAUGCGUUUGCUCCGGGUGCCCUUGCGGAGCUUGCUACCCGUACACCACGAAGCCAUGCGUCGCAUCCCGCAAUGAUCUACGACCAUGUUCGGUAUGCCCGGGAGGGGGUUGCUCUCCGUGCCCAGCGCCGGUGCGACCGUGCCCUGAGCCAUGCCCAGCCCCGCCGGUCCUGCCUUGCUUACCACCCUGCCCUCCGUGCGAUAAGCCAAGAACUCCGGUGCCGAAGCCGGUGCCUCUCUGCGAGACGGUGGCGAUUCCCUGCUGUCGGCCGAACCGCUGCAAGCCUUGCCCUUGCUACUGCUGCACGGAGCCCGGUAUAUGCUGUCCCAAGCGAUGCAGCUACCCAGGGGUGCCGGUCUGUGGCGGCUGCUGCGGGCCCUGCAUGCCCGUCUGGUAGUGGAGUCAUAAAAAACUUAAUAGAUUGUCCCCGUCGCGUAAGAAUAAAUACACAUUUUUACAA